AUGCAUCUGCCCUCAUUCAAUGACCUUGUCUUUGUGCUCAGUCUAGGCACAGUCAUUGUCAGCGCUUCUCCCAUUGUGGGACGCCGGGAGGCUCAGUUGUUGGGAUAUAUGCACCCCCGAGAGUCGGACGGACCAAAAUUUCAAGAGUUAAAGCGAAUUGUUUCUUCCACCUCUAGCCCCGUAACAUCCCCAAUAAGUGAAAACCCUCCUCAAUACUUCACACCCAAGUGGGAGUGUAAGGUAUUUGAUACAAAAAACCUCCUUGAAUUGGUCAAGGACAAACUGAAGAGCGACCAGAAGAAGGAGCUUCCUUUCGUAAGCAGUGGGGGGUUGUGGCAAAUGGCUAUUCCAAAGGUUUUGGUGGAUCAAAGGCCUCCAACUUUGGAAUGUUACCGUCUUAGUGAUGCUCAUAAAACGAUGGACAGACCAAAUGCUAACUGGGAUGCUUUAAGAAAAGCUUGUCCAAAGGGCACAAUUUAA